CCACGCCCGCGGCCCGAGCGCCGCCCCCCAGCCGCGCCGCCGCGAUGGCGGAGGACAGCGAGUCCGCGGCCAGCCAGCAGAGCUUGGAGCUGGACGACCAGGACACGUGCGGCAUAGACGGGGACAAUGAGGAGGAGACGGAGCACGCCAAGGGGAGUCCUGGAGGGGACUUGGGUACCAAAAAGAAAAAGAAGAAACAGAAGAGAAAAAAGGAGAAACCAAAUUCCAGAGGCACCAAAUCAGACUCUGCGUCUGACUCCCAGGAGAUUAAAAUUCAGCAUCCUUCAAAAAAUCCCACCAUCCCAAUGCAGAAGUUGCAGGAUAUCCAGAGAGCAAUGGAGCUGUUAUCCGCAUGCCAGGGCCCUGCCAGGAAUAUUGAUGAGGCCACCAAGCACAGAUACCAGUUUUGGGACACACAGCCAGUACCCAAAUUAAAUGAAGUAAUAACAUCUCAUGGUGCAAUUGAAGCAGAUAAAGACAAUGUGCGCCAGGAGCCAUAUUCCUUGCCACAGGGUUUUAUGUGGGACACUUUGGAUUUGGGUAAUGCUGAAGUGCUCAAGGAGUUAUACACAUUGUUAAAUGAGAAUUAUGUGGAGGACGAUGACAACAUGUUCCGGUUUGACUACUCACCCGAGUUCCUGUUGUGGGCUCUGCGUCCCCCAGGCUGGUUUCUUCAGUGGCACUGUGGGGUCAGAGUAUCUUCAAACAAAAAACUAGUAGGGUUCAUAAGUGCCAUCCCAGCAAAUAUUAGGAUUUAUGACAGUGUGAAGAAGAUGGUUGAAAUCAACUUUCUUUGUGUUCAUAAGAAAUUGAGAUCAAAACGGGUAGCCCCAGUGUUAAUUCGAGAAAUAACUAGAAGAGUGAACCUGGAAGGGAUUUUUCAGGCUGUUUAUACCGCCGGAGUAGUUCUUCCUAAGCCAGUGGCCACGUGCAGAUACUGGCAUCGAUCACUAAACCCCAGGAAAUUAGUAGAAGUGAAAUUUUCUCACUUGAGUAGAAAUAUGACUUUACAGAGAACGUUGAAGCUAUACAGACUUCCUGAUGCUACAAAGACGUCAGGCUUGAGACCAAUGGAACCAAGAGAUAUCAAAGCAGUUCAAGAAUUAACCAACAGUUACCUAAAGCAGUUUCAUCUAGCCCCAGUGAUGGAUGAAGAAGAAGUAGCCCACUGGUUCCUGCCCCAGGAGCACAUUAUUGACACAUUUGUAGUGGAGAACUCCAGUGGUAAACUAACUGACUUCCUGAGCUUCUACACACUCCCCUCCACAGUCAUGCACCACCCAGCUCACAAGAGCCUCAAAGCCGCCUACUCUUUCUACAACAUCCACACCGAAACGCCGCUGCUGGACCUAAUGAAUGACGCACUCAUCAUAGCGAAGUUGAAAGGAUUUGAUGUAUUCAAUGCACUAGAUUUGAUGGAAAAUAAGACAUUCUUGGAAAAACUCAAGUUUGGUAUAGGAGAUGGCAAUUUACAGUAUUACUUGUACAAUUGGAGGUGUCCAGGAACAGAUUCUGAAAAGGUUGGACUUGUAUUACAAUAGGUGGAUAUAUUUCUAGAACUCUGAUAAUUUGUCAAUAUUCUAUUUAGUGAUUCCUGGAACUGCCAUUCCAAAGAAGAGUAAAAAGCACAACUUAAGUGAAAUUGAUGUGGUCGGUACCCCAAUCAGAAAAGAUGAAAAAAUCCAUAUGUGAACAAUAGUAAACAUUUCUAGCUAGAACAUUAACAUUCAUCCUUUUUUUCACUGUUGACCCAUUUGUAGGAGGGAUGGAAGGUACAGAGUACAUUCCUCUAGUUUUCAAACUUUUGGCUGUCUCCUGAUAAAGAAAAGGUACUUUUCUACUGUAGAAAAGAGACUGUUUUUCUAUGGACUGAACAGAAGUUACAGAAUCCUGUAAGAAAAUCUUUGCUAUUGUGUGAUGAUAAACUGCUGCAUUUCUAUUUA